AUGGUUCUCAUCGAGUGCAAACGGCUGCCCAAGGACGAGUAUAGCAAAGACUAUGAUGUCUUUCUGGUGUCCAUUCCGGGGAGCACCAACGUCGGGGAGGCAACAGACGCACUUCAGCGGAUGCGCAACACACGGGUUCGCAUAAAGUGGAUGAUAGCCGCCGCGAAGCAGCUUGUGAAGGAUUCCUGCGCGGAGGACCAGCAGCACCACCUGAUGGGCCCUGUUGGCGACGCCGAGCGCUACAUGUCACUGGAGCGGGCGGAGAAGCGACUGGUGUGCACCCAGGAGGAGUUGGACGCCCUCAUCGCCGCAUUCAAGGGCGGUGCGAUGAUUCUCUUCCCUGCCGAGUGCAGUGGCCCGGACGCGACGAAACGGUUGGCACAGCUGCUCGACGACGACAACACCGCCGACACCGAGCGCUCCAAGGCACACCGCCUCUUGAGCCUCAUCGACGACGGCGCCACGACAGAGGAUAUUCUUGAAGGGACGGUCGUGAUGUGGUGGAGCGGUAAGCCACUUGAUCGGGCCGCCGAUCUCACAAAGUACGUUGGAAAGAACGAGAAAACAAAGAUCACAGUAAAACUCGCCGCCAAGGAUGCGCCUGCACCGCCGCGAGAGCCAGUGGUAGACGCCAAUACACAAUCUGAGCUCAUGGCGUACUACUAUAAGAAACAGGAGGAGAUGAAGAAGCUUGUCGAGGAUGAAGAUCUCUCAUACGGCAAUAGUGCCUGGGCUGAUCCCCAGGGUCUGAAGUCUCAACUGCACGGAUUCGAGGGGGUGAAGUACAAACCUAUUUAA